CUGUAACUACACCAUUGUGUCCUCACUAUGCAGUUCUAAACUCGAUACCGCUCACUAACAUCAUGCGAGUUUCUAGUUUCUAAAAUCCAAAAAUCCGACAAGAAUUAAUGCGUAAUUUCGGUCUUGAAAUUUGAACUCGUAACGAUUGAGUGAUGGUGAUAUUCGAAAAAAGGAUUAAGUUCCAUCGAAGAUCUCCAUAGAUCGAGUUUGUUGAUGGAGGACCUUUACUACAUUUCUCGACAUUAGUGCGUGGAGCGACAACCAGUGGACGACUGAGACCCUAACUGAAAUAGCAUACUCCGUUUCAGAGAGCACUUAUCGGCCUUUUCAACCUUCCUCCACAGUCGCAGAAAAAAUGGUCAAUUUUGAGGGGAAACAUAUUUUUAAGCAACUCCUAUGCUCUGUGACAGCGUUCCUGACUGUGUACGCGUCCGGGGCCUGGCUGGGCUGGGCCUCGGCGGUGCUUCCGAAGCUAGCUGCCGGCGAGAUCCCGAUCGCCAUGAGCCCUGAAGCGAUAAGUUGGACGGUGGCGUUCAUCGACGUGGGGAACCUGCUGAGCCCGCUCCCGGCCGGCUGGCUCAUGGACCGCUGCGGCCGCAUCUUCGUCCUCCGGGCGGCCGCUCUCGUCUACAUCGUCGCCGCCGUCCUGGCCCUCGCCGCCUCCGCCCCCGUCCACCUCUACCUCGCCCGCCUCCUCGCCGGCGUCGGCAAGGGCGUCGCCUUCACCGCGGCCACCCUCUACGUCGGCGAGAUCGCCGGCCCCGCCAUACGCGGCGCUCUCUGCGGCGUCUGCGCCCUCAUGUCCCUCGCCGGCACCCUCACCAGCAUGACGCUCGGACCCUUCGUCUCCUUCCAGGCUCUUAACUUUGUUCUUCUCGGGAUCCCGCUGGUGGAGCUGGUGCUGAGCUUCUUCAUCGUCGAGUCGCCGUACUUCUUCCUGAUGCGCGGCGACGACGCGGCCGCGGACGGCGCCCUGGCCGACCUCCGCGACCCCAACCGCCCGACCCUCACCUCCGAGGAGCUCUCCGCGAUGCGGGCCAAAGUCCUCGAAGCCCGCAACGAGAUCGGCACCUCCGCCGGCUACCCGUUCUCCCGCCUCGUGGGCACCCGCGCCAACCGCCGCGCUCUCCUCAUGGUCCUCGUCACGGGCGUCCUCGAGCGGGCCGGCGGCAUCUCUUGCAUCUACGGCUACGCCUCCACCACCCUCCCGGCCCACCCGUGGGAUCCGGCGCUCACAGUCAUGGUCUUCUCCUGGCUCUGCGUCAUCUUCGCCCUCAUCGGGAUGAGCCUGGUCGACGGCUGCGGACGUCGCCCUCUCAUGAUCGUCUCCACCUCGGCCCUCACCGUCAUCCUCCUCGUCUCGGCCGUCUUCUACUUCUUCUACGAGCACCCCGCCACCCGCGACCUCGCCUCCCACUUGGACUACGUCCCGCACGUGGGGCUCAUGCUCUACGCGGUGUUCUACGCCAUCGGCGCCGGCCAGGUCCCGCACACCCUCCACUGCGAGCUCUUCCCGACGUCGGUCAAGAGCCAGGCCUCCGCCGUCGCCACCAUCUUCCUCGGCGUCAGCUCCUUCGCCACGACCAAGAUCUACCUCCUCGGGGCCCAGGUGGCCGGCUUCUACUUGAUGUACCUCGUUUUCGCUCUGGCCAGCUUCGCCAACAUCCUCUUCUGCGUCUUCUACCUCGUCGAGACCAAGGGCAAGACGCUCGCGGAGAUCCAUAGGAUUCUGAGCCGGUAGUCGUCGAAAUUGGACGUGUUGCUGCUAAACGGAAUUAUGUGCAUUGAGACAUGAGCCCUGAAACCUAUAUGAAUACAUGCAUAACAGGGCUCACGUCAUAAUGCACAUAGUUCCGUUUGGGAGAGAAACGCCCAAUUAUUGGGUCAGUUGCGCUGGUUACAUUUUCAUGUUUUUAUGCUUGAUUCUUUUAGAUUAAUUGAAAAUAAUAAGAUCUGCCCCAGUGCUGCCAUUUUAUUUUGACAAAGAUUCCGAGUUUCCCGGGAUAAUUCAAAUUUCCCAAAUUUGCGAGAAAGUUCCGAUUUUUCAAAAGUUCCGGGGAAAAAUUCCGGACUUAGCUCCGAGGAAUGUCUAAUUUUAUCAAGAAUUCCUCACAUUUGAUCAAAUAGUGACCGAAAACCACAAAAUUCCGAAAAUAGUUGAAGGAAUUUUGAGAUUCCGGGAAAAGUUCCAGUCAUUUGAAAACUUCCGAAAUUCGGAAUUAAGUCCGGAAAAUGGAAGCUCUGAUGUGUCCAAACAAUUUGCCAAGCAACUUUCUAAGUUCAAGUGAUCUCUGAUCAAGUUGAGGAGGUUACGAGUUCAAUUUUUGUUUUACUUCGUUGGAUCGAUUGCCGGGCCACCAGAAGAACUUCGUAAUUAUCCUAAAAUCAUGUAUGUGCCUAAAAUUGUUGUUAGUCUGCGAUAAAUAUUUGACAUUUUUUACUAGAGUUUUUACACAUUCAUAAUUAUACAAAUGCGUACGUUUCUCUUUAAUGUUGAUUUUCGAACAGACGAAUGCGAAAAACACUAAUUUCUCAAUAAAAAUUUGAAAUUGAAAACUUUC